GCCGUCAGCUCUGCGGGCGCAACAGGCGGCUGGCCGGGGGCCGGAGGCGGCGGCCAUCGGGCCCGGGAUGGACAAGCUGAAGAAGGUGCUGAGCGGGCAGGACACCGAGGACCAGAGCGGCCUGUCCGAGGUCAUCGAGGCGUCCUCGUUAAGCUGGAGUACCAGGCUUAAAGGCUUCAUCGCCUGCUUUGCUAUAGGAAUUCUCUGCUCUGUCCUGGGGACUCUUCUGCUGUGGGUGCCCGGGAAGGGACUGUCCCUCUUCGCGGUGUUCUAUACCUUUGGCAAUAUCGCAUCCAUCGGGAGCACCAUCUUCCUCAUGGGCCCGCUGAAACAGCUCAAACGCAUGUUCGAGCCCACGCGUUUGAUUGCCACGAUCAUGGUGCUGUUGUGUUUUGCGCUGACGCUGUGUUCUGCCUUUUGGUGGCGUAACAAGGGGCUUGCGCUCAUCUUCUGCAUUCUGCAGUCUUUGGCCUUGACGUGGUACAGCCUUUCCUUCAUACCCUUCGCAAGAGAUGCGGUGAAGAAGUGUUUCACUGUGUGUCUUGCGUGACACUGCCACUUCUGCAGAACGUGGGAAGGCUCUAGGGAGCAGCAGCUGGCGGGCGGCUGUAGGAAUACCUCCUCCACUGUGUGUUACAGACGCGUGCCUUCACCUCGCAGCCGUGCUGCGGCCUGCAGCUUGGACAUGGGAGGGUUGGUUUUGGGAGCAGCAGUGCCUUGCCCAAGCCCCGCUGCCUGUGGCACGGCCCGAGAGGUGGGUUCUGUGGCUCACGGAGUCGAAGCUUGCUCACGGCACCUGUGUCCUCCUUGGAUGGUGUCCCAUGGACUUCUCAUCAACAAAGCCUUGUUCGCAGCGGCAGCACCUGAGGGCGACGAUGGGACAACCCUGCCGGGGGUCACGGGAUGUGAAAGCGAGAGGCACAGCUUGGGGGUCAGCAGGGACUUUGUCAACAUGACAGCUGUCUCCGGUGCCACACGCAACGUGGUCCUGCUUCUGCUCUGUGUGUGAGAGCAAGUCAUUCCGCUCCGUGUCAGCCCGGGGGAACUGGCCGUGGAAGAAAGCAGAAUUUUUUUUUAUUUUUUCAUCUGAACAUUGCCAUUCUUGCUGUUUCCACUCUACACCGGCCUGCGUGGUCCAUUUCCCAGCAUUCCGCACAGGCUCCCCAGCCCUGUCGGCCUCUGCCCUGCACCCGGUCGGUACAGAGCAAAGCGCAGCAGAAAAGCAUGGCUGGUUCCUGGUGGACAGGACAUUGAGGAGAGGCGCAGAACCUCGCUGCUUUGUGCGGGUUAUCGUCCCCUCGCUGUUUGCAAAUGUUUGCUGUUAAGUGGCUGUUUAUUUUCUGUUCUCUCUGGAGCGGGGCCAGGGGACCGUGGGCAGGGACAGGCUCCUUCUGGGCAGCCAACAGGAAGUAGCUACCUGAGCGGUGACCUUUACCCCGGCCCAGCCGUCACACGGGGAGGACACCGUGGACCGCAGCUGGUUCUGUCCCAGCCUGGUGCCUACCCACGUGCAAAGUGUGUAUCUGCGAGGUGGCAGGCGUUGUUAUCCCACUGUGCGGUCAGGAGCAUCGAGGCCCAGGUUGGUGUCUGAACCCGCAGCUGCACAGAGCGGAGCCAAGCUGCUGCCCCGGCUUCAGGCUCCAGGACUCACUGUUGGCCCCGUGUUUCUGCUUGUGCCUUCUCUAACGAUCCACCCAGGCCUGUGCCUUUCUGGUUCUGCUCUCUGAGUCACUGGUGACAUCUACCUGACUCUCCCAACCUGUCUCCCCUUCUAGAAGCUUCCUUCUGGGUCCGUAGGCUGUUGUUGGUCCCUUGUUUGUCCUUGCAGUGCCUCUUUGCCCCAGAGCAAAGUUAGGGACUUUGUUAGGGACUCUGCUAGGGACUUAGCUUGAUCAGCCGGGGUCCCUGACUCUCGGGGUCACCGUAACCCUAAGUCCCUCUGCUUUGUCUCUGUGCUCUACCCUGGGCCAGCUGGUCUGCUCGGGCAUCUCCAAACCAUGGGCACUGGCUCCCUGAUGUUUUGUGUGUGUGUGUGUGUGUGGCCCUUGAUCCAUCAUGGCCAAGAACUCAGACUGGCUGCUUUUCUUGCGAGCAGGCGAGAUCUGCUGGCCCGGUGGGGACCAGUCGUCCCAAGCCCUGUUUAGGCUGUGCGGGUGCUGGCUGAGCUUCCUAACCCUCACUCAGCCAGGGAGGAGCGUCUUUUGCUGCCCUGUGGCUUCUGUGGGAUUCUCUGGCACCAGCUCAGGCCUACAGGGCUGUGGGGUCAGGAAUAUACGAUGCAAGUCAGUGCUGCCGGUUCCCCUCUGGAGUGGCUGAGAG